AUGUCAUUUGGAUGUGCAUUGGUUGUGAAUAAGAAAGAUGAUACAUAUGUGUGGGUGUUGCAACAAUUGAUUGAAGCUGGAGAUGGCCACAGACCUCUUACUGUUAUUACUGAUAGAGAUAAGGCCAUGACAAAUGCCAUUGCUGAAGUACUACGCGGGGUAAAACAUAUAUUGUGUUUAUGGCAUAUAAUGAGGAAGGUGCAGUCUUGUACUGAUCACAGUUUUCUGGAUGGGUUUUUGAGAUGUACUGACAAGUGUAGAACUAAAUCAGGUUUUGAAAGGGUUUGGAAAGAAUUAGUAGGAAAACACAAAGUUCAAGGAAGGAGAUGGUUUCAAGAAUUGUAUGAAGAUAAAGAGAAAUGGGCAGAAACAUAUUUGCAAGGAUAUUUUUAUGCAGUAAUGAGGACUAAUCAACGGUGCAAGUCAAUGAAUAGAACAUUGAAAACUUGGUUAGACAGAAAGGUAAGGUUGUAUCGAUUUGUUGAGAACUAUCAUAAACAACUAAAAUCUCUAAGAUGGGAGGAAGGUCAUCAAGACAACAAAACAAAUGAUGAACAAUCGUAUUGUGACGAUGUGUUGGCAAGUUUAAAAUGUAAUGCAGUCCAGACUAUUUAUGUGAAGAAAGAUGUUGGAUUACAAAAUAAGGAUGCAGAUGUUGAAGAUAAUAAUCCAUCAGCAGUUCAAGAAGGUAUUCCACUAUAA